GCUUAGAGUACCCGCGCGUAGUGGGUAGCGACCUCAUGGUCCUUGAGUCGCUCCAGGUCGCUCCUCUGCGGGCGACGGUACCGGAUCUUGUUGACCUCAGACAAGCGCAGCUUUGCCACCACCAGAUAGUGGUCCGAGUCGAUGUCCGCGCCACGGUCCCCGGAUGGAAGAAAAGUUCGGGAUCCCAACGACAUUUGGCAGCCGGACCAGCUACCUCCGAGCAAAAUGAGACGAAAGCAGACAGCGAAUACAGCAGUUCAGAAAAGUCCGCCGACUUGCCCGCACUGUCUCUCAACUUUUGCAAGCAGUAAUAACCUUAAACGGCACAUCAUAGAAGUACACAAACUGAAACCACUGUUGAACAGCAGCGUUUUGAAAGCGAAGGAAUGUGGCUCGGUCGAGAUGGCGGAGAUCGUUGAUGCCCACGUACACGGUGAAAGCACCAUCAAUUAUAACGGCUCUGAACAUCAAGAACAGGAUUACAUAAAGCAAGAACAGGAAGAGCAUUUUGAUUCAAAUGCAGUUGUUGAGGAUGAUUUUAUAGGAGAUACCGAGGAAAAUGAAUGUUCAAACGAUGCCGGAGAACAGUAUUUCUGCGAGCUAUGUCAAGUACAUUUUACGUCGGCCAACGCUUUACGGCAGCACGUUUCCGAACACUUUUUGAAUGUUGGAAUCGAAGGCCAAAUGCCACUUCAAAAGGAUGAUAAUCAUGGAACUUCAACCGACUCCAGAAGUUCAACUAACAGUUCUGAAAGCAGCAGUACCUCCGAGAACGAGUCAUGAAAUCAACGCAAUGAUUAUUACGAAGACAGUGAAUUUUUCUCAGCAUUUUAUAUGAAAUGAUUAUUAUAAUGUAUUAAUACAGACGUAGACAUUGAAUGCAAGUUUUCUCUUAUUCUUAGCAGCUGUCACAGAGAUUUGCAAAAUUUCAUUACAGCUUGUCGAAAUAAAAAAAAUCUGACUAUGUAUUGAUAAUUCUCAUCUGAUGGAGAAAUGAAUAAACGUUCUAUUUAGUUUUA